AGUCUCGCCAAAAUCAAGAUGGCGUCCCAUUCAGCAUAAACAAGAAACGAAAAUAGGCCAACGUUUUUGCAAUAUUAUGCAUUAUUUAGAAGAUUAUCUUGAGCUGAUAGAACAGUUGCCAACUGAUCUGAGGGAACGGUUCACAGAAAUGAGAGAAAUGGACCUUCAAGUUCAAAACGCAAUUGACGACUUAGAUUCAAGAGUUAAGGAAUUUCUUUCCAACGGAGCAACGGCCACGGAGGAAUGGAAGGAGGAGAAUUAUAAGAAUCUAAAACAGGAAUAUUCAAAAGCUGUAGAAGAUGCAGAAGAAAAAGUUAAUAUUGCAACGCAAAUUUAUGAUUUAGUUGAUCGACAUUUGCGUAAAUUAGAUCAAGAACUGUCCAAGUUUAAAAUGGAACUUGAAGCUGAUAAUGCGGGAAUCACGGAAAUUUUAGAACAACGUUCAUUAUUACUAGAUGAAGUACAAGGUCCUGCUACACCACCAGUUAGCACUCUCCAACCCAUUCAACCCUCAGCCCGGAAUAUCAUUCCUCCCUCAGCCCACUCGCAUAAACGGAAAGCGACCUCUAUGGAUAUAUUUACUGAAGACAUACCCAAUGGAGAUAUAUCUGUCCCUGUGUCAACCGUCAGUCUAACUGACUACACUUCGUUUCCUCUGAAUCCUUAUCUUUCAAUGGAACCCAAAAUCUCAUUACCAUCAUCGCAAACAAUGCAGUAUCAUAUAGGGACUGUUGGCGCUGGUUCAAAUACGACAGGUUCAUCAUCUUUACCUGAUCCUCAAUCUUCAUAUCAAGUGGCAGGCAGAAAUACUGGAAACAUGAAAAGUUACACCCCAACUAUUAAAUCAGAAUAUUCAGGGUUACCAGUGAACACAUCGCUGGCUGUUACCCCACAACUCAGUAGUAACCCGUACGCCAGCUCUGCCGCUGGAAUGAAUGUUAAUUAUGCACCGACGUCCUCAACUAUGGCAUCAAUGGGCCACAUGGACCUUAACCCAGCCAUGUCAAAUACUUCAUCUAACAAACAACAUGCGAGGAAAAAACAAAAGACGUCCGAAGCUCCUUUACCAAUGAUCGAUCCAGGUCCCUUGCAAACUGAAGUGAUAUCUCAAGCUGUUGACUGGGUUUAUGAUCCAAAUGAACCACGAUAUUGUCUGUGUAAUCAGGUGUCCUAUGGAGAAAUGGUUGGUUGCGAUAAUCCGAAUUGUUCUAUCGAGUGGUUCCACUACGGAUGUGUUGGAAUUACAGACCCUCCAAAGGGAAAAUGGUUUUGUCCAAAAUGUAUCGCAAUUAUGUCUAAGAAGAAACGAAGAUGUUAGGAACUUUUGAAGGUAUCCGCUCGUCGUAGAAUUGUAAUAUUUCCUGGAUGCAAGGUUUCUAGAACAUUACCUAUUAACAUUUAGUUUGAGGUCCAUGGACUGAUUCAAGAUCUCGUAGAAUGGUAAAAAAAACUCUGGCUGGUCAGAGUGUAUUCAAUUGCAGGUCGAUAACUGAACAAUUUAUUUAUAAAUAUAAACUAUAUAUACUGUGUACAUUAAAUAUAAAAGAGUUGGUACGAAUGUUAAUAAAUA